AUGGCGCCGUCGAUGUCGGCCUAUAAUGCCGCGCAUGCCGACGAGCUACCGCGUCAGCGGCGGAAGAGAAGGACGAAGGCGCAGAUGGCGGCGGACAGGGCGAUUGCGGCGGCGUUCAAGCGGAAGCGAGGUAGGCCGAGCAAGUCGGACGUGCUGGCGCGGCAGGCGCUGAUCAUGGCGGCGCACAGCGGCAUGCCCGUCACGGACCCCUCCAACAUCGACGCCAUUCUCGCCGCGCAGAACGCGUCGGCGCUCGUACCCACGGCGACGGCGACGCGCGCGAGGAUGACCAAGUCGCAGCUGAAGGCGCGGCGGCUCAAUCAGGCGGGCGGGGACGACGGCGCGGCGGUGCAGCCCGGUUGGGUGGGGCAGAACGUGCAGGGUGUGCUGGACGGCACGUUCGACGCGGGUUACUUUGUAACCAUCCGCGUUGGCAACACCAACACCAUUCUGCGCGGCGUCGUGUUCGCGCCUGGCGUCGCGGCGCCCCUGCCAUGGCCGGAAGACGCGGCGCCCAGAGUGCCGAAGCUGAAACGCGACGCGUCCAUCACUCUUCCUGCCGGCCCAGCCCCUGCUGCUGAAGCUUCAGCAGCACCAGCGGCGGCAGCAGCAGGUGCGGGCACAGGCGAUCUGGCUGGCGCGCGGCCAGCAGCGCAUGCAGCAGCAUCGCAACCUGCUGCAGCAUCGUCAGCUCCGGGUGGUGCAGCAGCAGGUGGCGCGUCCAAAGCCGCAGCAGGGGCAGCAGGGGCGGCAGAUGCUACGGCUGCAGAAACGAAAUCACUAACAGAGAGAGCGGCACCAGGUGCAGACGCAGGGGCGGCAGGGGCAUCACAUGCAGCAGGAGGGGGUGGGGGAGCAGAGGGCGGGCAGGAGGGGAAGGACGAUGGCCCUGGCCUGACGCUGGCCCUGCAAUGUUGCAUAGACAGGCCCUAA